UUCGCUAGCUGCAGCUCCGCCGCUCGUCACCUUUCACCAGCAGAGAGGGGCACUAACGUUUGGGGGGAUUUAAAGAAAAACAAACUGGAAAUAGCAACAAAGACUUGAAGUGCUACACUGACGUCUGCGAGGAACUGUAACUAUCAGCUGCAUCGGGGAAGAAACUCAACGCGCAAAUGGUUACGAGUCCGCGGAAGUUUGUGUUUACUGGUGUUGUAGUAGCUAGUAGCUGGUUGGCCCUGUUAGCCUGCUAGCGAGGAAGCUGGACUUCAUAAUCCACAAGUCUCUCAGUUUAACAGGCAAGUUAAAUGACUGACACGUUGCGGGUUAUAUCCUAGCAUUAAAAAAAACAAAAACCUGUUUGGUGCCUUGCUGAUUUGUCAAACUCUUGUAGCGUCAGUGUGGGCCACGAGAUUUGGAUCUUGUGGGGUUGUGUGACUCAAACAGCAUCGAUACAUCAAGGGACGACCUUACGGUAUAUAUAUAUAUACACAUAAAUACAUCAGCUCAUCGCUACUAAACAUCCAAGUGAUCCCGUCUCUGCCGCCACGGAUGACCUGUAGGCUUGCAACAUUGGACCUGCGACCCGUCCCCUUCAUCGGACCUGGUUCAUCUUCUUCUGCCGUGAUGGGCCCCCUGUUCAGCUAGUGCGACCCGUGGAAACGAUCUGCAGCUCCUCUAGCCAUGGGAGGAUGUGUGGGGAGAUACUGGGAAGGCUGGGAGGACACUCAGAGCCGAGGCUCGUCCAGGAACGGCGGACGAGGAGGACGCAACGAGCCCCUGAAGAAAGAUCGCCCCAAGUGGAAGAGCGACUAUCCGAUGACGGAGGGCCAGCUGAGGAGCAAGCGGGACGAGUUCUGGGACACGGCGCCGGCCUUCGAGGGCCGCAAGGAGAUCUGGGACGCCCUGAAAGCUGCGGCGGUGGCUUUGGAAAGCAGCGACCACGAGCUGGCCCAGGCUAUAGUGGACGGGGCCAGUAUCACACUGCCACAUGGAACUCUCGCAGAGUGCUACGACGAACUGGGGAACCGCUACCAGCUGCCCGUCUACUGCUUGGCUCCACCUGUCAAUCUCAUCUCCGAGCGCAGCGACGACGACCCCAGCGAUAGCCCCGAACCUCCUGUGGCACCCAAGAAGGAAUUCCAGCUCAAGGUUCGACUGUCCACGGGCACGGACCUGCGCCUCAGCGCCAGCAUGGCCGACACCAUCGGGCUCCUGAAGAAGCAGCUGCAGGCCCAGGAGGACAUCGACGCGGGCCACCAGCGCUGGUUCUUCUCCGGGAAGCUGCUCACGGACAAGACGCGGCUGCAGGACACUAAGAUCCAGAAGGACUUUGUCAUCCAGGUCAUCGUCAACCCGCAGGCGCUCCGAAGCCCCAAGCUGUCACCCACCACCAUCACUACCACCACCAUCACCACCACGCCCACCACCACCACCACCACCACAGCCGACUCCUCGCCUGCGUCUGAAUGACCGGGGACAUAGAGGAUAGGUGUAGUGAUGGUGCGAUGGGCGGCAGACACACAAAGACCAGAGCCGCCUCCUAUUGCUGGAUAACUUAUGCUUAUUGAGAUCGGCUAACGUGGUUGAAAUAAAAUCGUACCGUGGAGGUACAAAACACUUUCGGGCAAAAAAACCAUGAGGGAGUAACUCAUGAAAGUGCUGCUCUCUUUCAUCCACCAUGUGUAUUUUUUUGUGGGGUUCUGCUGGGUCGCCCUGUAAGUGAAUCCAGUCACCACACUAACUCUGGAGAUCCUCUUCCCCUUGUCUCUCUGAACCAUCUAGAAUUAAAAAGCAGAAGUUGUUGUCGUCGUGCUGGUGUGCAGCCUUUUUUUGACCACAUGCAAAAGGUGCACAUCAUGCUGCACAGGCAGACUCCGCCUCUGUCCUUUUAUCUGCACUAACGCUAACUAAGUGCCAACGGACAAAAAGCAGAGGCGUUUGUGUCGGUUCUAAAGCACAUUUCUACUACGACGCCCCGUGGACUCUUUUCUCCGCCACAGAAACAGGAGGGGGAAGGCAGAUAGUGUGAUACUGAGAUACUUUUUCAUUUUCUCCUUCUUUUUCUUUUCUCGAGGAAACAAUGUAAACUGAGCUUUUUUGCACAUUCGAAGAUUAUUACUAUACUUUUGUGGUAGUUUGUGUGCCUUCUACAAGACAAAAAAAAAAAAAAAAAAAAAAAAAAAAAAGGAGGUUAAUGUCCGGCAAGAGGCUAGCUCAACCGCUAGGCUAAGCCUUCUGUAUUUUUUUAAAUUCAAGGAACUCGUAGAUCAAUCCAAGCUAUACCCGCUGCCUUUUUUCAAACAUUUCAUGAAUCUUACAGACAGACUUGGUGCGUGGUUGCUGGCGGGUGUGUGUGUGUGUGUGUGUGUGUGUGUGUGUGUGUGUGUGUGUUGGGCAAAAGUAAUGUGUUUGGUGAUUAUGAUGACAUUUCAGUUUGACAUUUUGACUGUUUCCCUGGUCAUAUCUUUGCAGUCAAUCAUAUCAUUUUGUACAGGGAAGAGGAAUUCCUAUGUAGACAUAGUGGUCUUAUGGCUGCAUUGUUGACCACUUAGUGACCCCCCCAGUCCACUAGGGGGCAGCAACACAGUCCUGAUGUAUUCAGUUCAGUUGCUUAGGGCUUGCUAUUUUUCUCACCACCUGAUGAAUGUAAAUCCAGUAUUCAUUUGCCUUUUAAUGCUCGAUCUGUUUGACUCCAUUCACCAGCAUACAGACGGCCUGUGUGAGCUUGGCUGCCCGCACUUUUUGUGUAUAUGUGGGAAUCGGUGAGCGCCAUGAUGAGCCUAUUUUGGGCGGUGAAUCAAAACAAUGAGGAGAGAGCCGCAGAGCACCAUAGAUUCAGGUGUUGAUUCUCAUUGGAACAGGCAGUACUAGCGACUCAAACAGGAAGUAAUUUGAUGGAGUGUUGUUAUCAAAAAUGUUACCGAAAGGGACACUUUGAUUCUAAAGCAUCAAAAGUAGACACCUUUCUGGAUGUCAUUACAUUUUUUUUUUUGUAUUUUCUGUAAUAUAUAUAAUUUCACUUAUGUUACUUUUCAAUUGACAGCAUACUGUGAGCCAUGUACCGCUGCAUAGACAUUAGACAUCUGUUUGCUUCCUUGAGCACAAACAUUAAAAUGGACAACUUUUAGUGUUUUUGAAAUAGCUGUCAGGUGAGUUAUUCAGGUAGGGAAUUGGCUCAGUGGGACAUUGUGACAUUGUCUGGACAAAUUGAAAAAUGAAAUUAAAGAUAUAAGAUUAACUUCAGUUCAUACAGUCUUUUGAAAAGGGCAUUUUCUUAGUUUGACAUUGAGCAGUACCACUGCAGUGACUGUGACUGUGACUGAUCAUUGUUGUGCAGCAAAGAUAAUGGUUUUGAAUUGUUCCUCCAAACGUUGUCACCAACCACAGGGGCUGCCAGAGGAUAAAAAACAAACCACAAUUGCUUUGAAUUUAUGCUGGCAGCUCGUAUUCAAAGUUCCCAUUAGGCCCGACAGUCUACUUGGUUAAACAUCGUGGCUACAUUCACGCUGCAGCUCAAAUUGCACAGUUUAAAUGUUUCCCUAUGACAUAUCAGAUUUUUGUCUUAGAACUUUGAACAACAAAGAAUACCGCAGUUUGACUCCAAGGCAGCUUUUCUGUCACAACUGAGGAAUCACGAAUUCCCCUGUUUCAAACUUCUAGUAAGUAGUUCAAAGUUUUGAGGGGGUUCAACCAUCCAGAUAGAAAAUGAAAGGGUCCAGGUUUCUCAGCUGCUCAUCUGAACUUAACUCCCACAAAAUAAUGUAAUCUGUUAGGACAGAGGUCUUGUUCCCUGAUCUUUGGUAGCCUGAAUUUUACAGUUUGAACUUUUCAUCUUGAAUUUUGGUUUCUGAAUGUGUCUAAUAUGAGCAUUUUUUUUUUUUUUUAUUGUACUCUUGAAUUUUAUAUAUAUCAUUUUGUGAACCUUUAUAAACAUCAAACAAAAAUCUAUUAUUUUUUUUAAUUGCAUAGCUUGAUGUGCAUUGUUUUGAUUCACCGCUCCCGUCACACAAUUCUCAAGCAGUAUGAUCAUGGAGGAGAUGAAAUCAAGCCAUCAGAGCAAAACCUAACUGAGCCACAGCUCGCCACCUCAUAAAUGUUUAAAUAAGACACAAAAAAUGUUGUGUCUUAUUUAAACGUAUCUCUUUACUAUCCAGUUUCAGCCGUGAAGCUAAUCACAAUCAGUCUAUUAUUCUUUCCUGUUCUUGUGGGGAUAUUUUUUCUACUAUCGUACGCAAACUUGAAUAAGCAUUUUUCUCUCUGUAUGUGCAAUACUAUAGACAUGGACCUCACAUCAUUAUUGUUUUGUUCUUCUGACUCUACAGAUUUCAUAAAGCACCAGCUACGACUAUGUCAAAGAUAUCUCAAUCUACAGGUAUAACGCCUGCUAUAAUCUGAUGUCAGAUAAUCAGCUGCCUCGGUCAGCUGUUUUUAAAUGUUCAUUUUUUUUCUUUGUCACUUUCAAAUGUAUUCCAAGCUGUCAUCUUCAGAUGGGCUCUACAGAGUAAAUAUCUAAACAUUAAAUAAAUGCCUACACAACUUC